AUGAAUAACGCCGCAGAAAUCCUAAAAUCAGUCCAGAUUGGUUUGGAUGUCGCCAUAUUUCUCCUUAACACUGAUCGUGGCCUACAAGCGACCGAGUUAUGUAAUGAAUGUUUAUUUCUACUUCACAAGCUUGACUCUGGUAUUGACCUUGAUCAUGAUAUCGCUGAUGUAUUAUUCAAUGUGUUCUACGCCACCUCUGGUUACACAAAUGCAGUACGAUACACCACAAAACUUAUUGACAAGUUUUUCCUCGCUGGAGAACUAACCAUACAACUGGUAGACAAAUACAAGGCAAAAUGUUGGUUUGCAGAGGCAAAGCAACUUUGUAAAAGCGUUCUUACCAUCAUGAAAGCGAUUGGCCACCGUAGAGAAGAGGUAGUGGCUUACGCGAGACUUGGAUCUCUUUGUUUUAUCCUCUGCGAGUAUCUAAAGGCGAAAGAAUAUUAUGAGAAAGCAAUUGCCAUCGCGAUAGAAAUCGGCGACAGAAAUGGAGAAGGAACAACAUACGGGAACCUCGGAGUUGUGUUUCAAUCCCUUGGCGAAUAUCAGAAGGCCAAAGAAUAUUACGAGAAAGCACUUGCCAUCGCGAUAGAAAUCGGCGACAGAAAUGGAGAAGGAAGAACAUACGGGAACCUCGGAGCUGUGUUUAAAUCCUUUGGCGAAUAUCAGAAGGCCAAAGAAUAUUACGAGAAAGCACUUGCCAUCGCGAUAGAAAUCGGCAACAGAAAUGGAGAAGGAACAACAUACGGGAACCUCGGAGUUGUGUUUCAAUCCCUUGGCGAAUAUCAGAAGGCCAAAGAAUAUUACGAGAAAGCACUUGCCAUCGCGAUAGAAAUCGGCGACAGAAAUGGAGAAGGAACAACAUACGGGAACCUCGGAGCUGUGUUUCAAUCCCUUGGCGAAUAUCAGAAGGCCAAAGAAUAUUACGAGAAAGCACUUGCCAUCGCGAUAGAAAUCGGCGACAGAAAUGGUGAAGGAACAACAUACGGGAACCUCGGAGCUGUGUUUGAAUCCCUUGGCGAAUAUCAGAAGGCCAAAGAAUAUUACGAGAAAGCAAUUGCCAUCGCGAUAGAAAUCGGCGACAGAAAUGGAGAAGGAACAACAUACGGGAACCUCGGAGGUGUGUUUCAAUCCCUUGGCGAAUAUCAGAAGGCCAAAGAAUAUUACGAGAAAGCACUUGCCAUCGCGAUAGAAAUCGGCGACAGAAAGGGAGAAGGAAGAACAUACGGGAACCUCGGAGUUGUGUUUCAAUCCCUUGGCGAAUAUCAGAAGGCCAAAGAAUAUUACGAGAAAGCACUUGCCAUCGCGAUAGAAAUCGGCGACAGAAAUGGAGAAGGAACAACAUACGGGAACCUCGGAGGUGUGUUUGAAUCCCUUGGCGAAUAUCAGAAGGCCAAAGAAUAUUACGAGAAAGCACUUGCCAUCGCGAUAGAAAUCGGCGACAGAAAUGGAGAAGGAAGAACAUACGGGAACCUCGGAGUUGUGUUUCAAUCCCUUGGCGAAUAUCAGAAGGCCAAAGAAUAUUACGAGAAAGCACUUGCCAUCGCGAUAGAAAUCGGCGACAGAAAUGGAGAAGGAACAACAUACGGGAACCUCGGAGGUGUGUUUAAAUCCCUUGGCGAAUAUCAGAAGGCCAAAGAAUAUUACGAGAAAGCACUUGCCAUCGCGAUAGAAAUCGGCGACAGAAAUGGAGAAGGAACAACAUACGGGAACCUCGGAGCUGUGUUUCAAUCCCUUGGCGAAUAUCAGAAGGCCAAAGAAUAUUACGAGAAAGCAAUUGCCAUCGCGAUAGAAAUCGGCGACAGAAAUGGAGAAGGAAGAACAUACGGGAACCUCGGAGCUGUGUUUCAAUCCCUUGGCGAAUAUCAGAAGGCCAAAGAAUAUUACGAGAAAGCACUUGCCAUCGCGAUAGAAAUCGGCAACAGAAAUGGAGAAGGAACAACAUACGGGAACCUCGGAGCUGUGUUUGAAUCCCUUGGCGAAUAUCAGAAGGCCAAAGAAUAUUACGAGAAAGCAAUUGCCAUCGCGAUAGAAAUCGGCGACAGAAAUGGAGAAGGAACAACAUACGGGAACCUCGGAGUAGUGUUCGCUUUUAUCAAUGACAAUCAGAAAGCAAAAGAACAUUCUCAGAAGGCGCUCACCAUCAGCAAGGAAUGUGGCGAUAAAGCUCUGGAAUUUAGCAGCCUUCUCAGCAUCACACAGUUAAAGGUAUCGCAAUCACAGGUUGUGGAGGCAAAGGAACAUCUCCUUCAAUGUAUUGGAAAAUAUGAACAAUUGAGGAGUUUUCUUAAAGGAAACAAAGAGUUUGAAAUAUCUCUGUUAGAAGAGCACGGUAGUUUUCCUUAUCACUUGCUCACUAGCUUGCUUUGCAAUACUGGCAAAUUUCAAGACGCUCUUUAUGUCGAGGAGCUGGGACGAGCGAGAGUCCUCGUAGAAUGCAUGGCAGAGAAGUUCUCCGUUGAAAGCCACAUCUCGGCUGAUCCAAAAUUAUGGUUUGGGAUUGAAAACAUCGUGAAAAAAGAGAGUAACUGUGUCUUUUUGUACAUUUCGUAUCGUGAGCGGCAAGUUUGUCUCUGGGUUUUGAAAGCAAAUGGAGACAUUUCCUUUCGAGUCACCGACAAAGUGAAAGACAGCACUCUCAUUCCUGAGAAUGUUUGCAACGUGGAGGGAAUUUUCAAAAAGAGCGCCGCCAGCUUUGGCGUUUUAUUCACAGCGAAUUGCGAAGAUCGAUCUUUGGAUGGCAACGUAACGACAUCUCUUUUUGAAGAGAGCCGAGCAACUUUGCGCGGUGACGAAAGCAAAGAAACCGAAAGAAUUCAUCAUUUGUGUUACAAAUGGAUCAUCGCUCCUGUGGUAGAUUUACUUACAGAGCCUGAAAUCAUCAUUGUGCCGGAUCGUUUCUCCUAUCGAGUCCCAUUUGCUGCCUUGCGUGAUGAAUCAGCCGGAAAGUAUCUAUCAGAGACUUACAGAAUCCGUAUCGUCCCUUCUCUGACGACCCUCCAGCUCAUUCAUGAUUGUCCAGCGGAUUAUCACAGUGAAACUGGUGCACUUGUAGUGGGUGAUCCUACGGUUGGCCAGGUGUAUUACGAUGGACGUGUCACUAACUUUGUGUCAUUGUUCUGUGCUAGAAAGGAAGCAGAGAUGGUUGGUCGACUGCUGGGAGUUCAGCCUUUGUUAGGAGAGUCUGCAACUAAGCAGGCAGUGCUUCAAGCGAUACCUUCAGUGAGUCUCAUACAUGUUGCCGCGCAUGGAAAUGCCGAAAGAGGAGAGAUUGCCCUGUCGCCUAAAUGUCCUAAAUGUAUCACCAACAGUUUUCCACAAGAAGAAGACUACCUCUUGACAAUGUCCGACAUUUUCGGAGUUCAAGUGCGAGCAAAACUGGUUGUAUUGAGCUGUUGUCACAGUGCGCGUGGAUUGGUCAAAGCCGAAGGAGUUCUUGGAAUCGCUCGUGCAUUCUUAGCAUCCGGUGCACGUUCAGUGUUGGUAGCAUCGUGGGCCAUAGAAGACGAAGCAACGGAGCAGCUCAUGAAUCAUUUCUACAAACACCUUGUACGUGGAGAAAGUGCCAGUGAAUCUCUUCAUCAGGCCGUAAAAUGGUUGAGAAGCAACGGCUUUCCCAAACCUAAUCAAUGGGCUCCAUUUGUGCUGAUGGGAGACGACGUGACGUUGGAUUUUACAUACAUCGGGAAAGAGGAACACAAGGAGGACAACAAUGAAGCAGGGAAGAAACAGAGUAACAACUGAUCCUGCACAAAGAUUAUCUUUCCUGCACAUUGUUUUUGAAUGGACACUGGUAUUAGUUUGAGCAGAAAUUUUUCA